CAUCCCCAUUCGCGAAUGCAUCAAACUUCGAUGAGGUCAAAUGUACCUUCAUUGACAACUCUUCUGCCAGACCAUGGCACAGAUAACCGGCUGGGCCUGCUUCCUGCAGCUAUUACGUGUGGUCAAGCGAUCGCUUUUAUAAGGAGUACGACGCAACCACUUUCUGCCUCAGUUCUUUCUUGCAAGAGCUUGCCGCGCGACGGUUUUCUCAGAUUCACCAUCUCGGCACGUUCCCAGUCAGCGUCGAGAGAUACUUGGUUUCCUUCCCUCGCUUGACUUGCCCAGAAAAAGCAGGAGAGUGGUUGUCUUGUUGCGUUAGUUGCGUUAACGAUGUCUGCUGUUGGCACCCCGUCUUCGACACCACAAGAUCGUGGCGUUCCAGCUCUCCAUGUGGCCAGUACCGUUGGGCGUUGUUAUCAAACUGAUGCAAAUGCCUGUCCCUCUGGGGGUUUCGACGACAUCGGACAGCCAGCGCAUUGCAGACUUGCCCCAGCGAGCAGACCAAAUGCCGAGCUGGCAUACAGAGUGCUGGAGACCACGCCGCUACUCUCUCCUCCGGUUCCUUGUGCCCUCAAGGACGCGGAACUCGCAUCGUAUACCUCUCAAACAACACGGUCCGUGCUCUGGGAUGAAACGAAGAUAUUGCUCAAAUAUUCGUUCCCUGUCUUUGGGACCCACGUGAUGGAACACAGCAUAAUGAUGGCUACGGUGAUCUCGAUUGGGCAUAUCUCUACGGUCGCGCUUGCAGCCGCUACCCUGGGCUUCAUGACCGCUAACGUCACUGGCUUAAGUAUCGUCCAGGGGAUGGCCAACACCCUGGAUACGGUCCUUCCACCGGCAUGGACUUCCGAUCAACCCCAGUUAGUUGGUCUCUGGACCCAACGAAUGACUAUUCUGAUAUCUAUUGUAUUGAUUCCGGUGCUUGCGUUAUGGUUCCAUGCAGAACCCAUCCUCUUGGGGUUGAAUCAAGGUCCUGAGAUUGCAAGGCUAGCCGGCAUCUACUUGAAAUGGGCAUCGUUAGGGCUCCCAGCUUACGCUUUCAAUUGCGUAUCCAGGCGCUACUUUCAAUCACAAGGACUAUUCACCGUUCCCACCCGUAUCACUCUUUUUAUUGCACCAAUUAACAUAUUCUUGAAUUGUCUUCUGGUAUGGGGACCCGAGCCAUUCUGCUUAGGCUUUAUAGGGGCGCCUAUUGCGGCUUCGAUUUCCUACAACGUUGUGGCUGUCGCAUCCGUAGUUUAUGGGGUUUUCUUCGUUCCAAGAACUGCCUGGCAUCCGAUCACGGUGAGGGCGUUCACGAACUUGGGCUAUUUGGCCAAACUAAGCUCUGGCGGUGUUGGUCAACUCGCAUCCGCCUGGUGGUCAUGGGAACUCGUUGGACUGGCUGCCAGCUUCCUUGGGCCCGUCCCGUUGGCUGCCCAAUCUGUCCUUAUUACGACCUCCUCUUCUUUUUAUCAAGCUCCUUAUGCUCUGAGUAUUGCUACCUCUGUUCGGAUCGGGAACCUCUUGGGAGAGAGAAAUGCGAAGCGCGCCAGGGUUGUCGUUAAGGCAUCUUUCCUGAUUGUUAUUGUGCUUGCAACCCUGUUCAGUUGCACACUCAUAACUUUCCGGCGAUCUUGGGGCUAUUUAUUCAACAACGACCCUGAGGUCAUCCAACUGGUUGCCGCUGUUCUUCCACUUCUCGCGCUCGUGCAGAUAUGUGACGAUGGCAGCGGUGUAGUUUCUGGCAUACUAAGAGCUCGGGGGGAGCAGGUUCUUGGUGCAUUGCUGAAUAUUAGUGCUUACUACAUUGUGGGCCUCCCCAUUGGCCUAUGGCUGACUUUCAAGUUGGACUUCGGGCUUUUCGGCUUGUGGUGGGGUCUCAAUAUCGCUGUGGUAUCCGCGGCUUCAACCGGGUUGUAUCUAUGCCUUAUCACUGACUGGGACAAGGAAGUGGACAAAGUUGCGGCGCGUCUGGCUGUAGAUAAGGGGUACAAACCGGUGGACGAGGAACAUACACACUAAAAAUGGCAGAUGGCGACGGAUCGUCGUGACUUUGGCCUGCGCUCCAAAAUAUCGGAGGACAUGUUUGUUGACGGAUUACGACAGAUACAGAUGACUUGACAUGGGUGUAUAUACUAAUGACUUGACAAGAAUUAUGACUUUCGCUUGCUUUGCGUGCAAUAACCGUGUAAGUUGAUCGCAGAUAGGGGCAAAUU